AUGUCUUCCGUCCUCCAAUCCCAGGCCCUCUCUUCCCUCACCAUCAACUUCAUUCCCACUUUUAUACUCUUCUCUGUAGCCGUCUAUGUUCUUCCAGCACUGACUCGCCGUCUUCUGCAAUUCCUUUCGUCUCCAAGCUCCUUCAAGGAGAAGUCCCCCAGCAAUGACACCCCUUCCAUCUCCAACCUCCCCCGCCUAUCUGGUGUUGUUCCAUGGUUGGGCCAUCUCUUUGGCCUGACCAUCGACAGCACGCGCUACAUCAACCGUCUGAUCAAGUCCACCACUGCACCAAUCUUCACAAUCAAUAUCCCCUUCGCACGAAUCACUGUCUGCCAUCCCAGCAUGGAUCGAGUUCUCUCUCGUCACGUCAAUGACACUGGCCUUGCUCAAGUUCUUGUCUACGUUGGUCCCCGCCUCUUUGGUCUCAAGGAGGAUACUAUCAAGGCAGUUUUUGGAUACAACCCCCAGCCUUUGCAUAAGCAAAAGUUUGGCCAUGCUGAGAACAUUGUAUCCCUCAAUCAACGCUCUAGCAACAACAUUAGGGAUCGUGUGAUGAAGAUGCCCGAGACGAAUGAAGUUCUUGUUGGACGUUGGGUGUUUGAGUUGGCUGUCUCUGCUACAGCGAGUGCAGUCUGGGGAGUUGCCAACCCCUGGAGCAUGGACCAAGAUUUUUCCAACGAGUUCAUGAAACUCAGCGAGACAUUCGAUACUCUUGGACGGCCCUUCGCUUGGCUUACAGCAAACUCAGCCUGGAACUCUCGCAAGUACCUCCUCGCCAGGCUUCGCGAAUUCCAUCUCGAGCACCGUGAGGCUCGUGUUAAAACCACGGCUCACAGCAUCAACGUCGUGGCCCACAGUGAUCCCAACUGGGAGAACAACCCAGACUACUACCACAUUGAGAUGGUCUCAGCUCUAGGCCUCCUGGCAACCACCAGCACUCUUGCAGUCUGGCUUACACGCCACUUGUUGACGGACCCAGAGUUGAUGAAGACCAUUCUCAAUGAGGUGCAACAGCUCAAACAUGUUGAAGGAGAAGACAAGCCGCGUCUGGACUUUGCCAAUGUUCGCACUGAGUGCCCCUGGCUCAUGGCAUCUUGGUACGAGACUCUCCGUCUGCACAUGACAGGAGUCGCUCGAAUCGCUCGCCACGAUUUCAUGCUCAACCUCCCUGACUCAGAUCCCAUCGCCGUUCCUCAGGGGGAGAUUUUCAUGCUUCCAAUGUGUGCAUCCAACCUGGACGUCGACAAUUGGGGUCCUGAUGCCGCGACCUUCAAAGCUUCUCGCUUCAUCAACAAAGCGGGUGAAGUCUCUGGAAGUGCCGUUCGUAAGGUCAGAGCUUUUGGAGUUGCUGGUAAUAUGUGUCCUGGUCGCGUGUUUGGCACUGAUAUUGUCUUCUCUGUCGUUGCUACUAUGCUUCGAACUUUUGACAUUGAGGCUGCUCCUGGUGAGGAGUUUAGAGUGCCGACUCUUCGCGGAGGCUUCAACGUUGGAUUUGAGAGAUACGGAGAUGAUGUCAAGGUGCUUCUCAGAAAGAAAGGCGUCGCAUGA